CCAACAAUGUGCCGAGUGAAGCAGUUCGCUCACUGUCACUUUUAGACUGUAAUUACAUGCAGUAAAACUAAGAGGUGUCAGGACCGCAGUUUCGCACAUUACCGAAGCUCUGUAUCGUGAGCAUUUCAGAUUACCCAGGGAUGAGUCAGGGCGCCGUAAGGAAGUUCAUCGCCCGCCGUCGAAGUAGCGGGGAAGACCAAGACGAAAUUCCCCUGCCUGGUCCCCCCCGACACAGUUAUUUCUCGACCCUUCGAGCCAAGUUUCCCCAUCUAGAAUUCCCCAACGAAGUGGACACCCUCUUUGAGGAUGACUUCUAUUUGCCCCCGCGCUCCUGCUUCAUGGGAGAGGCUGUACCCAUUUUCAACGUUGACGAAAAUGGCGUGAGGUAUUACCAAAGACCAAUAAGCGCUUUGGCUCCCGAGAGGGUGAUGAAGAUGGCGCGGCCCAACAUGGAUGACGAUUUCUUGCAGCAAAUCUCCAAGGAAGAUGUCCGGGCUUACUCCAGGAUUGUGCAGCAUUCGCGCAGCAAGCCUUCCGAAGCUAUGUCCCUGGAGCGCCUGUUCAGCAACGGUAUUCACAUCUACGGGCUGGACUUCAAGAGGACGCCUCAGGAGUGGGUGCUAGACGAGGCCGAACGAGUCAUCAAUAGCGUCCGCGAGUGCUACAUUGUGGACAAGCGGCACCUGGAGUCAGCGUACCUGUCGGUGGUGGCGUUGGCUCUCCGCGUCAUGGUCGUGGGGCAGGGCUACACGCCCGCCGCCAGAGCCAUCGCUGCCGCAGCCUUCCCCCAAGACCUGAUGGGGCCUUGGGAUGUUGUCCACAACGACGUCGUCGUCACCCGCGGGUUCUACGCAGAACCUGUCACCUGUCAAAGAGCUCUGCACAACGUGCAGCUCACUCUCCACCACCUCACCCACGUCCCGGGCCAGUUCAAGGUGACGUUCAAGGCGGCCCGGGAGCAACGGGCCCUGCUGGUCCACCCAGACCGAGGGGUCACGCUCGACUGGGACAUCAAGGUGGACUGGGGCGUCAAAGUUACAGGGUUCCCUGAGAAAACUCUCAUCUUCAAACCUGCUUUUGCUCAAUACUGCUUGAGGAUCAGCUCCCCCAAAGGCCGACUCACCGCAGAGGCGCUCCAGGCUGCAGUCAUCACCUUCGUCGUCUGCACGAACGCUGCGCUACUCAGACGCGACUACGGUCCCGCUUUGUAUUUCGUACAAAUGCUACGCCGCUGCAUACGCUACUACUCAUGGCUGCUGAACUACAAGCCUCUGCUGUCCUCCUACCUCUUUGCUGUCCAUAAGCACCUGGAAGGACAGUGUCACUUCCACCUGGCCUCUAACUGGAAAGAGAAGAAAGGGGAAUACAAGUUCCACUUUCACCGAGUCAGAGGACUCUUUCAGGACUUCGAGUUGGCGCUCCGACCUAUAGAGAAGGAGUUCAGCGCCAGUGGCUGUGUGGCGGCCUACGCACAGUCACCACGAAGUCGCUACGAGAUGGCGAAGCUCUACGAGAAGACUAUCCACUUCCCCACGACGUACGUGAACUGCCUGGCGCAGGCCUACCGCGGCUACCACGGCAUCGCCCUCUGCGACCAAUGGCUCAGGUCCUGGAACUACAAGGAAGAGGUCACGCUCAUCUACUUCCUGAAGCAGAUCAAGCUCUGGAAGCUCUGCGUGCAGCAGGAUGUAAAUCGGGGGGAUCGAUGCCUGCGGCUGUGCCAGCUGAUGCUGGUGGAGGACCGCCUCGAGAAGAACCUCAGCGAGGCCGCUUUGAGCCCCGGGGGCCUUGCCUGCGUCAACAUCAUGAUGGCCCAGGUAUGCCACUACAAGGCCGCGUGGCUGCAGACGCGUCAGUACGACACGCUCUCCGUCGACCACGAGAACGACGUUCGCUGCAUCAUGUGGCAGCAACGCCUCUACAGCAGGCGCAGUCGCUGCGUGCGCGUUGCGCUGUUGCUGCUCAAGUCAAGACAGCAGGAACGGCCGCUGAUGUCGCGCGCUUGCCUCCUGAGCUGCACGAAGAAACUCUUCGCUGACGCUGUCCUUCAGGCUAUCUUGGAGCAGAACCAGCGCAGGCCCGUGACGCAGGUGCUGGUCACCCUGAUGGACCUCCUCCCCCUCGCCCUCCACCCGUGGUUGGUCCCUAGUCGCUCCUUCUUCGGUCCCACGACCUACAACCUCAUCGUCCCCCAGGAUGAGACCGUCCACCUCAACUACAUCUUCGCAAUGCUCUUCUACGGCACCGCUCUCAUCUAUUUCGCGAUGCACAGGACCAUGGCCUCCAGGGUGGAGGCUGAGGAUGCCGACCUGAAGGAGACCUUCCGCCUCAACGGCCGCUACUUCCUGACGCUGUCUAUGCUGUACCUUGCCGACGACGCUGUCGCUGCUGCCGUCGUGCGCACCGUCGCUGAUUUCGCCUUGGUUUUCUCGAAAUGCUUCAUAAAUCCCCACGUGACCCCCUACUCAUCCCCGGUGGGGCGGCACACUGCGGUGGUGAGCUGUCACUCCCUCCUGCUGCCGCUGCUGUGGGAGCUCGCGGCCUCCGAGGACCACAGCGGGGACCUCUUCUCUGGUGUUGACGCGGUGAAGGUGGAUGAAGUGCACCUGCCUCUAAGUCUGGAGGAAUUAAACGUAAGGUUCGACCCCGACACCGUGUCCUUGUACAAGGCGGCGCUGAACAAAGUCCAGUUGGAGCACGAGGUGAAGAUUCCUCUGGAUAACGUGAAGAGGACAGCCCUUCAGCGACGCCCGCACACACGCACGUUGAAACUGGACUUGUAUGACGUCUCAGAAGUCAUCCCUUUGAACGCCGAAUUGGACUACCGUCCCCACAUGCCGGGGCUCGACGAAUACGGCAAGACUUUUCGUGUCGAGUACUUCAUCGACUUACAGGAAUGCACACCUCAGGACACGCACGCCCUCUACACCGACGCCUUCGUGGCGCAGAUCAUUGAUAAUUUCGAAGAUAAACUUGUAGGACCACCCCAGGGACUCCAGCAGGAGCUAGACGCCCUCCUUGCGGUUGUCACCGAACACAGCAGCAUUAUCCUGCAGGUGCUCAAGCGGCGCAGCAAGAAAGUCAUCCCACUCGUCCCCUAUGACGUGCCGAUGCCUUCAAAGAUCAGCAGGUCAGGGGUACGUCGUACCCUGGAGGAAGGGGCAGCUUCCCACGAGGGCAUGACGACCAUUGAGCGCCUCGUCCGACGCCUGCACGCCCUCGACGUCUCCUUCAAUUACGGGGAGCUGGUCAGUCUACUACGGGGGCACCUGAUGACUCUGAAUAAGACGAUUGAGGAGAAGAAACAAUUGUGGCAUAUCAACAACUAGCAGGGAUAGAUAAAUGUUCAAUUUGGAAGGCGACCAAAUCGACGCGGAAGGCGACCAAGUCGAUGCGGAAGGCGACCAAGUCGAUGCGGAAGGCGACUAAGUCGAUGCGGAAGGCGACCAAGUCGAUGCGGAGAAGUAGAAGUUGGAACUCGCACAACUGAAUAGUCCACUGACCAUCGACAUCGAACCUCAUGAACUUAUUCUGUAAUUAACCCUUGUUAGAACGUUCAGGACUUAGAAUUUCCAGACAGCUGAAUUCCCUGAAUUCUUUACUUGAUAUCAAACGUUGUUAGCAGGACUUCUAAACCCCAUCUCAACGUUGGGCAUCAUAUGAAUUGGCUUUGUUUUGUUAUCAGUUUUGCAAUUUUCAAUUAUCGAUUGGAUACGUUAACACGUGAAACUAAAUAAACAACAAAAAACUUACUAUAUGUGUGAUGUCAAUCCCAUGUUUAACAGUUUUUCAUAUGUUAUUGCAUGAAUAUAUUGUUAAUGUUACACGAAUGUUUCGAUUGUUUUCUUCUGAAAAUAUAAAUGCCUAUCAUUUGAA